AUGUCGCCUGAAGAAUGGACUUACCUAGUGGUUCUUCUUAUCUCCAUCCCCAUCGGCUUCCUCUUUAAGAAAGCUGGACCUGGGCUGAAGAGAUGGGGGGCAGCAGCUGUGGGCCUGGGGCUCACCUUGUUCACCUGUGGCCCCCACACUUUGCAGGGGGGGGGGGGGGGGGGGGGGGCCUGGGCCCUCAUCCAGGCCCAGCCCUGCUCCUGCCAUGCCCUCGCCCUCGGGGGGGGGGGGGGGGGGGGGGGGUUCUUCCGCGCACUCAGCCUGUUGGGCCUGCCCACUCCGGGGGGGGGGGGGGGGGGGGGGGAGCUGCUGCUCACGCUGAAGGUCAGACUCCCCUCCAGCCCUCCCUUUGUGCCGCCUGAACUCCCCAUCCUCACCUCCUCCUCUCUUCAGGACCUGCACUUGGCCCAGAGGAAGGAGGGGGGGGGGGGGGGGGGGGGGGGGCCCAGCCUAGGGCUCCUGCCCGACGUUCCCUCCCUGGGGGGGGGGGGGGGGGGGGGGGGCUGCUACGUGGGAAUCAUGACAGGCCCGUUCUUCCGCUACCGCACGUACCUGGACUGGCUGGAGCAGCCGUUCCCGGGGGCCGUGCCCAGCCUGCGGCCCCUCCUGCGCCGGGCCUGGCCCGCCCCGCUCUUCGGGCUGCUCUUCCUGCUGUCCUCACACCUCUUCCCGCUGGAGGCCGUGCGCGAGGACGCCUUCUACGCCCGCCCGCUGCCCGCCCGCCUCUUCUACAUGGUCCCCGUCUUCUUCGCCUUCCGCAUGCGCUUCUACGUGGCCUGGAUUGCCGCCGAGUGCGGCUGCAUUGCUGCCGGCUUCGGGGCCUACCCCGUGGCCGCCAAAGCCCGGGCCGGGGGCGGCCCCACUCUCCAAUGCCCACCCCCCAGCAGUCCGGAGAAGGCGGCUUCCCUGGAGUACGACUAUGAGACCAUCCGCAACAUCGACUGCUACGGCACUGACUUCUGCGUGCGGGUGCGGGAUGGCAUGCGGUACUGGAACAUGACGGUGCAGUGGUGGCUGGCGCAGUAUAUCUACAAGAGCGCGCCCACCCGCUCCUAUGUCUUCAGGAGCGCCUGGACCAUGUUGCUGAGCGCCUACUGGCACGGCCUGCACCCUGGCUACUACCUAAGCUUCCUGACCAUCCCGCUGUGCCUGGCGGCCGAGGGCCGGCUGGAGUCAGCCCUGCGGGGGCAACUCAGCCCUGGGGCCCAGAAGGCCUGGGACUGGGUGCACUGGUUCCUGAAGAUGCGUGCCUAUGACUACAUGUGCAUGGGCUUCGUGCUGCUCUCCCUGGGAGACACGCUGCGGUAUUGGGCCUCCAUCUACUUCUGCAUCCACAUCCUGGCCAUGGCUGCCCUGGGGCUGGGGCUGGUUCUGGGUGGGGGCAGCCCCAGCCGGAGGAAGACAGCACCCCAGGCCACCAGCCUUGCUCCAGAAAAGCUCCGGGAGGAGUAG